GUUAAAGUGGUGACAGUGGCGGCGUUGGUGGUGGUGCGCAGAUACAAAAGGAAGCAGUGUGUGGAGGCGUGCCGCGAGGCGCAGUGUGAGGUGAGGGAAGAAUGGGGAGGCCAGAGGUGCGCGAGCUGGACCACCGCUGUCUCACGUCACCGCUCGCCGCCAGGCACCAAGGUCUCCACUGCACUUAUUCCCCAACCACCACCACAUCGCCACAGUCACCGCCACGGGAAUAAGAUGUCGAGAUCAAGAACAGAAACACACACCCCACCACCAUGUCCUCCUGGUCCUACUCCUACUAUCACCACUACCACGACCGAUACUCAUGACGUGCCCACCGAAGAAAAGAAAACCUCGCUACUAUACAGCACGGAGGAGUCGCCGCCUCUGGGACAAUGCAUACUCUUCGCCUUCCAGCAUUACUUGGUGUUCAUUGGAGGCACGAUAGCCACGCCUCUUCUCGUCGUGUCCUUUAUGUGUAUGGAACCCAAUGAUCCUUAUCGGGGGGACAUUGUUUCCACCAUCAUCUUCGUGUCCGGCAUCAUCACCAUCCUGCAAGUGACCUUCGGCAUCAGGCUGCCUAUCAUUCAGGGGGCUAACUUCGCCUACGUAGCCCCGGCCAUCACUAUCAUUACCUAUAGUUUCCCGGCCUGCGAUUCACUGGACCUUUCAACCAUGACGGCGGACGAGAAGCGAGAGCAGUGGCAGAUAAGAAUGAGGGAACUGCAGGGAGCCAUUGUCGUGUCAUCUGUCUUUCAGGUGCUGCUUGGCUUGUCAGGCGCCGUGGGAGUCUUGAUGAGGUUCGUCACGCCCCUUACAGUCGUGCCCACAGUCACUACCCUUGGCCUCUCGCUCUUCUCCGUGGCCACCGCACAGGCGUCCUCCCACUGGGGCAUCUCAGGGCUUACCGUUGUGUUGCUAGUGUUCAUAUCCCAGUACCUGAAGAACGUGCAGGUACCAUAUCCAUUCUACUCCAGAGGGCGAGGAUUCCACGUGAACCGCGCCCCGAUCUUCACCUACUUCCCCCUACUCCUCGUCAUAUGCAUCACCUGGGGAGUGUGUGGUAUCCUUACGAAGCUGAACCUCCUCCCCGAAGAAUCUAAGGCAAGGACGGACGUAACGAGUGACCUCCUGAGGGACUCGUCGUGGUUCAGAAUACCCUACCCAGGUCAGUGGGGUGUGCCGAGCCUCUCCGUGGGCGGCGUGAUGGGCAUGACGGCCGCGGUGUUUGCCUCGGUCGUGGAGAGCAUCGGUGACUAUCAAGCCUGCGCCAGAGUGUCAGAGAGGCUCACGCCCCCAGCACAUGCCGUGAACCGCGCCGUGGCCUGUGAGGGCCUGGGCUGCGUUCUAGCGGGUCUCUACGGUACAGCCAGCGGGACCGCCUCCUACACGGGGAACAUUAUACUCAUCGGGAUUACCAGGGUACCAAGCCGCCGCGUGAUUCAGGUGAGUGGGUUGGUCAUGCUGCUGACGGGGAUGUGCGGGAAGCUGUGCGCCGUGUUCGCCUCCAUUCCCCUCCCGGUGCUGGGCGGCUGCCUCAUGUUCAUGUUCUCCCUCGUGACGGGCAUCGGUCUGGCGCCCCUCCAGCUCAUCUGCCUCAGGUCUCCCAGAAACUUGUUUGUCCUCGGCUUCUCUCUCUUCAUCGCUCUCGCUGUGCCUGAUUGGCUGGAGAAAAACCCCGGCGCUGUGCAGACCGGGUACCAGAUGAUCGACCAAGGCCUCACCUCGCUCCUCCAAACCUCUCUCUUCGUCGGGGGCCUCUCUGGCAUGAUCCUUGACAACACUAUCCCAGGCACGAUAGAGGAGCGAGGCCUCACCAACUGGCAGUACUUCCAGCAGUCCCGCAAAUCUUCCACCAGCGAGCCUGCGGACAUCUGUUAUGACCUUCCCUUCGGCAUGACCCACAUCGAAAGAUGGAACUGGACGAAAUAUGUUCCUUUCUUACCCACUUUUGGCGGAUUCCGUAGAAAGGAAUAGCGAGAGGCUUCAUAAUGCUGACGGUGAAGACUAAGAAAGCCUUGUGUUAACCGUGUACGAGUAUGCAUUAUAUUCAUUUAAACGUGUGAGGAUAGGUUAAGGAGUUGCCAUGCAUAUACAGUGGGGGUCAGGAGUCGAGUAAGUUUCUUUAGUUAUUGCUGCGUUUUGUGUUUUUCCUCAACCUUAGUGAUUCGUUCAGUAACAGUAAUGGUGAAGGAGAAAAAAGUCAUUGAAUUGUGGCGUUCGCAAUGGUUUGAGAUGCCGGUGAUUCCCGACUUUUAAUGCAGGGUCCGGUAUGCGCUCCCACAGUUCCCUGGAGAUUGUAAGAUCGCCUCUCUUGAUGCAUUUUGGUGUACUGUAUCUGUAUGCUGCAAAACAUUAAUCUUAAAUGUUUAUGCUAACAGUAUCCACAGGAUCUGGUGAUGCACAUUUUACAGAACAGGUUAUAAGUUUGUUCUCAGUGUUUUUACGUUUAUUUCUAAUCUCCUGCUACAUAUUUAAUUUGAAACAUUUUUCCACUGGUUUCUACAUGGACUAAUGUUUUAUCUGCAAAUUCAGAAAAAGAAAUUGAGGAAGUAUUACUUGUGCUGCAGGGAUACUGUGGCUGCCAAAACGGUGCCGAGACGAAAGGACCAGCCGAUAUUAGAUACACCGACUUCUCCGGAGACAGACCCGAGGCGGGAGAUAUGAGUUUACAGUGUUGUUGCAAAGCCUCGGUCUGUACAUGUGCUAUGGUUGACUGCACGAACAUAUCACGAAAGAUGAACCAAGGUGUGAAAGGAUGGGUUGUAUUCCCAAAGAAAGCAGCAACUCAGAGAAGACAUUGGCAGACCCAUUGUAUAUAGACAAGCGGCAAAGCAGAGACAAUAUCAUCUGGCAAUCUUCACCAGUGUCUUGCUAAAAUUUCGCAUGGAAAUGUGGUUGUUUCUUUCAUGUGUUAGGAUUUAUAAAUUUUUAUGUCAAUUGUAUAGCUAAAAUGAAUAAAGUAAACUUAUACAGAGAAGAAAAA